AUGGUCACAAAGAGUUUAUUGAUCGGAUUGGGUGCCGCCGUUGCUGUGAAUGGCGAGGUGACUGAGAGAGCCGCAGAUCCUUGCGCAGCUAUUGCUGGACAGCAGUAUGUAGCUCCUUCGGCAGCCAUGGCCUGUUUGAAAUCCUUCCCGUACAAUGCUACCUUGGCAAAAAACGUAUUGGAUGUAGUAACUAAAGUUACACCAUUCUUUACGUUUGAGGACUGGCAGAAGGACACUCCAUCCCCAUUCACCGAGGCGACUUCGAAUCUUGAUGUUGAGUUUGCUCGCAUCAAGGCGACAAAAUAUACUACCGAUUACGACUUUAAUCGAGAUAUAUAUAACGUCAUCAACCACCUCGACGAUGGUCAUACCCGUAAGUCCCUCCCACAAAAGCAGAUAGAAAACUGCUUACUGUUGGUCCUUACCAUCGAAGGUGUCUCGGCAUGGCUCUACGUGAAUGGAAUCGCCACCACCUACUCCGGCGAUUAUAUUGACCAUAACAUCCGAGUUAACUCGGUGUUUACCAAUUAUCGCAUCUCUAAUGGCACCUGGUCUCAAAGACUGGGAGAUUUUGGUGGACCUGUCUUCCCAGACAAGGACAGCUUAACUUUGUGUCUCAUCCCUGCCAACUCGACUAAAACAGAAACUGUCAAGUUUGAAUAUCGUGCUACUUACCUUGGCGCUCCCUUCACCGAUGGUCCCUCGUACUGGCAAACUAACUGUGCUGCCAACAACAAGACAAAUGGUGUUGACAAUAGAACAUCCGCGAGCUCUUUUGCACGCCGUGAAUUGAUGCGGAAGAAGAGGAGGCCUGUGGCAGAGAUUAGUGUCGCGCCGGCCAAGAGCGUUGGCUUGCCUCAGCCCAAUCUUCCCACCCAGCCGGACGUAAUUAAUGGAACCGGAGUGAUUAAGGCCUAUGUUCUUCCCGAUGAUAAAACCGGCGUGCUUAUGGUCGGGUCAUUUGGUGGCGAUUACGUCGGUUUCCAAAACGAUACACUAAGAGCACUCUCCAAGCUUAAAGCCGCUAAGGUUCAGCAACUGAUCGUCGAUACUACUGGAAACGGGGGAGGAUAUGUCUGCCUUGGCGAAUUCUUGAUCAAUGCACUGGCCGGAACCAAUUUCGGUUACGCUGGGUUUGAAUCGACUGUGCGCGCCCAGCCCCUUGCCAGGAAGAUUGUAGAAUCGUAUAUUGAACAGGGGAUCGACUAUAUGUCCUACAGCCCCAAUCAAUGGGCAUUCCUAAACAAUACCCCUCAGCCAGCCAACUAUAACUACAUAGAACCACCCACAAACUUCACGAUCAAUCUUACGAAGGAUGCAGUGUCUAAACGUUUCUACGAUAUUUGCACCCCGUAUGACGUUGACCUUCCGGCCGAACCAUUCCUCCCGGCAUCCAAGAUAAUCAUUGUAGGAAACGGAGAGUGUGCGUCGACCUGUGCAUUAUUUACUGGUGUCGCGUACGAAAGGCUUGGAAUUAAGGUUGCUACGUUUGGCGGCAACCCUGGCGCUGCCAUGAACUUCAAUGGCAUGGCUGGAAAUCAAGUUCUUGAAUGGGCCGAUUUAGAUUCUGAAAUCAAGACUGCUGGACUGAAGAACGAUUCCUUGGCCCCACCUGACCUUUUGAUCAAUUCGAAUUACCGCGUGAAUUGGCGUUACGCGUAUUCGUGGCAAAAUAAGUCUCAACCACUGGCGUUCCACGUUGAGCGUGCCCAAUACCGCGUUCCUUAUACCGCAGACACCUACAUGAGUCCACAAAACCUCUGGGCUUACGUCGCGAAGACAUAUUUGAAAUAA